GUAGGCAUCAGUCUGCCGCCGCGACGAACCGCGGAUAGAUAAAAUCGUGUCGACCCGAUCGCAGUACCCGCGAGAAAUUAAAAUCCUCUUUAUCGCGGAUAUCGCAGAGGGAUAGCUCGCGGGGCGUGUGCCUUUCUCCGAGACAGCGUGUCCCAUUUGACUGUCGACUGCGGCGACGACCGAUCUCGAACAGAUUUCGAGGAACUCUAUUUUUUACUAUAGGCGCCAGUCAACAAAGUCUUCCAUGAGACUCAUCGCACGUCACGGAGUAGUGACGCAGAGUCGACGUGCAACGACGGUGCUCAUCGUCCGUGGGGAAACGCUUUUGCAGGAUGUUAUGGCCGCGGAUCGGCCGUAAAUUCGCGCGUAAUUAUCUUUAGCCGCGUCCCCCGGGUGGUUUUCCUCGAUUCCAGUUUCUUCGCCGUCAAUUUCGUCUUCUUACUUCCAACGCGACGCAUUGGCAUCGGAGGAGAGGAAACCAGUUCAGGCUUUGGCAACGACCUUCGCGAUGCGCGUUGCCAUCGCCGACAGUGCGAGCGACAGUGCCGUCGUGUCGUGAUGAAAUCGUUAACGUAGAUCCCGUGAUCGCGUGGUAAUAACCCGUCGAACGCGACACCCGGUAUCGUGUACGCGCUGUGCGCGACCAGUUUCGAUAAUUGCGGUAUUUUUUUUUUAAUGAUUAUCCAAGAGUCUUCUUUCCUGCAAACAACGACGGAGGAGAUGCCAUGCCCGUAGCCUGAUGACCGUCGAACGCUGACGAACUGAAUCCAACGAACGAAUGCGAUGAUCCGUGCGAGCGCGUUGGCAUGGUGACAUUGGUGCAGCAACAUCAGCAAACAGACGGGAACCGGUGCCAAACGGACAUCCAGGAGCCGACAAACUGUGAUAUCGUGAUCGAGUACCACGAACCUGAAGAUUGCUGCGAGGAGACUACGACCCCGAAAGAUAUCGCGCUCGUAAUCCCUGGGGGUGGUAGCGUCGCCAGUUCCUCUACACAGUGUAGUGAGGUAGGAAACGAGGACGAUGAAGAAGAAGAAGCGGAUACCGAAGAAGAAACGGACACCGAAGAUGACGAGUGGAUACCCGAGAUAUCCGUACCGGUAGUGCUCCAGCAACAGCAGCAAGUGGCCACUGCAGAUGGUAACUUGGUGCUGCCAAGUGCUGAUCCGUCGAGCUUCGGUGAAGUGCGCGUAAAGAACUCGACCAACGUGCAUCUCGGUAACAAAACGUUUUACAAGGGACCGGUGACCAUAAAGCAGUUUGUUUACAACAAUCCGAUUUCAAUACAGGAGAAUGGCACUUCUUCCAAGUGUAAUACUAGUCCAAACGCAAACAACUCGACGGAUGCACCUAACGUCACGCUCACCUUGCGCCAGAAAGUGCUAAACUGGAUAUGGAGUUGGAGAUGUGCAGCGUUCUCCUGUAUUUUAGCCGUAUUUAUCGUUCUUAUUGUGACCACCGCUUGCGUGUACGUCGCGCACAAUGCUGCGGGUAACGAGGGCAUAAUCGGCGAUAAUUCGGACAACUCUGUAUCCGAAGGUCCAAUAGUGGAGAACAUACGGUUCAUCGAACGGAACGAAUGGGGUGCUCAGCCACCGUCGCACCCGCUGGCUAAAUUGACGCUUCCAGUACCGUACGUGAUUAUCGGUCACACGGCGACCGAGGGAUGCAUCAAACAAUCGGAAUGUACGCAUCGCGUACGGUUCGCUCAAACUUUUCACAUCGAGUCUCGUCAUUGGUCGGACAUCGCGUACAACUUUCUGGUGGGCGGCGAUGGUUACGUGUACAUUGGCCGGGACUGGGAUCAUAUCGGCGCCCAUGCUUUCGGCUACAACAACAUCAGUAUAGGCAUAUCUUUUAUCGGCACAUUCAAUACUAUCAAACCGAACAACAGGCAGCUACACGCCGCCAAAAAGUUGAUCGAGCUGGGAGUAAAGAAGGGUAAAAUAACGAAGAAUUAUAAAUUGCUGGGGCACCGGCAAGUUUCCGCGACCUUGAGCCCGGGCGAUGUUUUGUUUAGCAUAAUUAAAACGUGGCCUCACUGGUCGUCUGAUCCGUCAGAAUCGUGAACAACAUUCGAUUACUAUUUUGUGAUACACUUGAAUUUACAUAUUCUACACUUAUGUACUCAAUUAUUUUUCUCCUCGACUGAAGUCUCGUCUAAACUUUACACAACCAUUGGAAGCUACACGAACAAGACAUACUUAUUUCACAAUUUUUAUAUUUCUUCUGUGUAACAAUCGACGUGAUUCGUUUAACUCUUGAAUUGGCGGAAGUAUCUGUUGAAAUAUAAAAAAAAAAUGACGCUAUUAUUUGGAAUGGAAGGAGAAUAUUGAGAAAACUGCGAUAAAAACUGAUCUGUUUUGUAGGUUAGUUUAAGCACGUCAUGUAAGGAUUUCACAUUCUCGAUAACAAAUGUGAUAUACAAAUAUUUUCAUAAGAUACUGAUAAUUACUGUACCUCAUACCGUGCUAAGUACAAUAAUUUUGUAUGUAUAUGAUUUAACAAAUGUUAAAAAUAAUAUUUCAUAUAUUGUAAAGAUAUAAAAGAAAUUAUAAGAUAGACACGGAAAAAGAACGUGUGAUUUUAAUAGUCAAAUAGAAUGCACACUGCGUUUUGAAUUUUCUUGAAGAUAUUAUAAUUUAUAUGUACGAUAAAUAUGUACGUAAAAAUAUUUUGGAUGAAAAUAGAAUUACAGUUUUGUGCACACAUAUCUGUCUUACAUAAAAUAUACAGUAGUGCCUCCUCA